AUGGAGCACUCCAAGUUGUGGGACCUUCGUCCCAAAGUGCGGGAACGUCGCUUCAAGUGGACUUCAGUCGGCCAACAGCAACAACAAAAGUCGUGCAAUAACAAGGACGAUCCACCAAAUUCACACCAAAAAUCAAAAAGCAAUAAUGAUGCUCGAAAUCUGAACAGCCGGGUCCGGACUUGGACGGGAAUCCUUUUCAUUAAAUAUUGUACAAUUUCCUGUAUCAAAGGAUUGGACAGGAUCAGAGCGGAUUACUGUGAACUGUACUGCGGUGGAUCUUGCAAUAACAGAAAAUGCUCGAUAGAUAACAGAAUUUUAACCACUGAAGAUUAUAAAAUGAAGUUGUCAGUUUCGAAAUUACUUUUCACUUGGACAAAUCGCGAUUUUCAGCAAUGGAAUAUUUACAAAAUUGCCAAUGAGACUGAUUGCUCAAUACUUAAGAUUACUGUGGCUGGAAUACCGCGGGCUGACGAUACUAGACUUCGUCCUGCAGUACAAUAUCUUCGGCUACUUGGCAUACAAGAAAUUGUUGAAUUCGAAAUGUAUGCUCCUUCCCUAACAAUAACAGAGAAGGAAAUACAUUUUGAUAGCGGACCCGAAAUACUAGAUAUUAAAUAUUUAAGUGAAAGUACUGUUAAUUCUGUUGUUAUCAAUACCUACAUACGAGAGAGUAUGAACAACACGAAGCAAAUUAAAAUCUAUGCCUAUACAUCGGAAAAACCAACACUUUUGAUUGAGACACAUAUGUUCCUAGGAAAAAACCAGUUACAAAUGUUAGUGUUUAGUGGCCUAAAUGUGGAAGGCCUGACAACUGAAUCAUUUGAUCACUUGACCAGCUUGGUUAGACUGGUGUUUGACAACGUGGUUUUAAAACACUUUGAAUUUCUUGGAUCUUCUACCCUUCAAGCAACAUUAAAAAACUUAAUUAUUCACGUUAAUAAUAAGAUGGAUAUGAAAACCUUUGAGAAUUUCCACGCACUCGAAAUCAUUCAACUGUACGCAUAUAAAGCAUAUAAAAAUGUGACCACUUUUGUAUGCCACCCAGGUCGAAACGAAUGCCACUUUGCAUUGGGUAUAAAUGGCAUAUCGUGCCCCUUCAAAUGUAGCUGCAUAUAUAAUCAACACGAUGGGAUAUUUGAAAUUAAUUGUUCGCAGCAAGAUUAUUCACUAAUUCCUCCGCUACCUGUUCCUAUAAUAGGAAAGGCAGUCUUAUUCCUUCAGCUGAACCAACUAUUUCAACUACCUGAUAACUCAUUGAAAGGCUAUGAUAACCUAAAAGGUCUGGACGUCUCACAAAAUCAACUAACUAGUCUCAGCACUAGCCGACUUCCUAAAACUCUUGAAACUCUGGACAUAAGUUUUAAUCAAGUUACCACCUUAAGCCAAGAUGUUGUUGCAUAUGUCGGGAGUUUAAGUUCUUUUAAACAGUUUGGCAACAAAUGGAUUAUAUACUGCGAUGAACACUAUUUAAUAGAUUAUUUUUGGAAAAACGCACAAUGGAUAAGGAUAAAAGAUACAAAAUUUAACCUAGUAAUGGAGUUCAUGAACAUAACAGCAAAAGCAUCCUACUUACGCGCUUUUUUCGUUCCCAAUUAUUCCGAUUUUUACUGGGAAACAAGUGAAGAUCAUAUAUUAAAUACGUUUGGAGAAUCAGAACUAUACUAUACGUUAAAGUGGGUGGAAGAGUUAAAAAACGCCAUUUGGCUUUUUGAGGGCGAGUACGAUGAAUUUAUUCUUUACCAUUUAAACGCGACGUGCCCAUACAGAUGCACUUGUUGCAUUGAACGGCAAACUGGUCAAUUCAUAAUAAACUGUAUGAAUGCAAAUCUUGAAUAUUAUCCCAGACUACCAUAUUUGAUUGCCUACAACACGACUCUAUAUUUAGAUGGAAAUGACAUUAAAAGACUUACCAGCCCCGAAAACCUUAUCAUUACGGGUCUUGCCUCGAUACAAAAACUGCAUAUGUCUAAUAACAUGUUAACCGAACUCCCACAUCACUUGCUUCCGGAGAACAUAACUUAUUUAGACCUGAGAAAUAAUUUUUUGAUGACCCUUGAUGAUGAGGUGGUAGAAUUCCUGACAUAUCGUGAAAAUAUCACUGAAAUAAAACUAUCUGGUAACCCCUGGGAAUUUUACUGCAAUGCAAAGUCGUUUCUAUCCUUUCUAAGGGAACGUGAGCCAAUGGAAUACGAAUCAGUAAUGCGACGAGUAAAUAUAACUCAGGAUAAGUGUCCCGAAGAAUGCAUUUGCUGUAUCGACACCGCCAAUUCCGAACCGGUGUCACUAACUGUCGACUGCAGCGGCAAAGGUCUACGACAGAUACCACCAUUACCAACGCCUAGAAUUGGACAAACAACUCUAAUAUUUGAAAGAAAUAUUCUCAGGAAAUGGCCCUCCAGCUCGCUGCCAGGAUACUCAAGUGUGGCACAAUUUUAUUUGGCCCACAACCAACUGUCCUAUAUCGAUCAACUACCAAGCAACGUGGACCAUCUGGACAUAAGUUACAAUAAUAUCUCGGUUCUCAGCGAUCGAGUACGGGGCUUCCUUGAAAACAGAAUUAUUUCUUCCCAGAUGAAGCUAGUUCUUUCCGGAAAUCCGUGGACUUGCAGCUGCGAGGAGAGAGAUUUUCUGGAAUUCGUUAAGGAGCGAGCAAAAAAUAUUAUAAACGCAUCAGCUGUUCAAUGUGGCGAUUCAGGAAAAUCUAUGAUCGAAGUUGAAGAGAUAGAUAUAUGUCCUUCGGUCCUAAUCUACUAUACAUCCUUCGCCGUCUCUUUGUUAAUAAUAGCUAUAUCAAUUAACGCCUUUAUAUGCUUUAGGCAAUCCAUAUUGAUCUGGUUCUACGAACACGAAAUAUGCCUAGGUCUGGCCGCCCGUAGAGAACUGGAUCAGAAUAAAAAAUUCGAUGCAUUCCUGUCAUUCACUCACCAGGACGAAGAGCUCAUUACAGAAUUCGUAGAUCGACUGGAGAACGGCAAGCACAAGUUCAGACUCUGCUUCUAUCUCAGAGAUUGGUUGGUGGGCGAGUCCAUUCCCGAUUGCAUCAACCAAUCUGUCAAGGACUCCAGACGCAUUAUCAUCCUGAUGACUAAGAACUUCCUGAAAUCCACCUGGGGACGACUCGAGUUCCGGCUGGCUCUCCAUGCCACCUCGAAGGAUCGGUGCAAGCGCCUGAUCGUGGUCCUCUAUCCGGAUGUGGAGAAUUUCGAUGAACUUGACAGUGAGCUAAGGGCCUACAUGGUACUGAAUACUUAUCUGAAGAGAGACAAUCCCAACUUCUGGAACAAGCUGAUCUACUCGAUGCCACAUGUUAUGUUGCGACAACAGCUGCUCAGAAAUACAUCUGAUCUUGAGACAAGGGUAUAA